UAGAAGCCUAAUAUAGUGUAGUGCAAUAUGCUAUAAAAGAAAAUAAAUCACAAAGCUGUAAAAAAUAAUGUUCUUGUCAUGAUUUAAAUAUAGCCUGCUUAUGUUCUGCUUGGAUAAUAAUGGAAGAAAACCAUCAUAGGAAAAAAGGCGUUGUAAAAUCCAAGAGCAUUUGCUUUGUUCCUGCAAAUCAUAGUGCAAUCGAUGAACCCACAGAUGAAUCCAGCCUACGAAAUAAUUUAACUUUAAAAAAUGAGAUAUACAGCUACUUACCUAGUCAAACACUUUAUCGUAGAAAACAUCCCAAAGUAACAGCUCAAGUUAACAAAGGUCUUACAUUGCCCAGAGCAUCCACCUCUUCUGAAACAUCGCUGGAUACCUUCAGAAGAAAACUUUCAUCAAUUCAGCGAAAGACAAGUUCUUUAGAUGGACACCAAAGAGCUCCCCAAGAAAAUGCUGAUGGGAUUGAAAUGUUUGGAGAUCAGGAGUUGUGUCUUACUCUUGAGGAAAAAAAUGAAGAACUAAAAAAUUUGCGAAAUCUACCUAUCACAAUGAAAGAAAAAAGGAAAUAUAGGAAAGCGUUAUUUGAAACUUUUCCUACUGGUGCUGAAAGUCCUGCAUCUUUGAGGACGCGAGUUUCAAAUGCAUUUUCGCAUCAGAAGAAAUAUCUUUCAGACCUGGAUUUGUGGAAUGAGUCUUUGAAGCAAAUUGAAGGUCAUUUUGGGACUAGUGUGGUAUCUUAUUUUGUUUUCUUGCGUUGGCUGAUAUUCUUGAAUCUGUUGACGCUUUUAAUCUUCCUCCUCAUUGUAGUUAUACCUCGUGUCGUAUUUACUACAUUACCACAUUUGGAUCUGCAUGUGGUCCCAAAAGAAAGUAGAAUAAAUGACAAAUUUUUGAGUCAGUUUCCUCAGCAUGACAGUGGAAAGCAUAUUCCAAAGGACAUACAAUUGAAGAAUUGGUCUUCAUCUUUUAUGAAAAAUGAUGAUUUAUUGUCAAGUGUUGGCCAACUUUUUGAUCAAUAUUUACCAGAUGAUAUAUUAGAUUUAACUGUAAAUUAUGGUCGGAAAAACUUUACUUUUGAAGAGCGUAGCAAUUUAUCUGCAUACUGCAAUGCAAAGUAUGUAAAAGAAGCACAAAAUGUUACGUCAGGGCUCUUAAGCUUUGCUCAAGAUCUUCUUCAAGGAACGGGUUGGUUGGAAUCAACGAUUCUUUUUUUGGGAUAUUAUCCUCCUGAAGAAAUUAAGUUACCAUUUAUAGGAUUGAAGUUUGAUUUGCCUGCAGCUCUGCUUUUUGCCAUUAUAAUAUCAUUCUUCUUAUGCUUAUGGAUGAUGAUUCGAUAUUCCUCCCAAGGUAUUCAAGAACAUCUAUUAUCUCGUAAAAAUAACUACCUCGUAUAUUCAAAUAUAUUAUUUUGUUCUUGGGAUUACUGUAUUAGAGAUGAAAAAACUGCUAAAGUUACACACAAGAGCAUCCUUCGCGAAAUAAAGAGUAGCUUAGCUGAGGAGCAAAGGAAAGAGGAAGUUGCUGGUUGGUCUGCUGCUGAAAAACUGAAAUUAUAUUUCAUUCGAGUUUCUGUACACGUUUUCACUUUUUUGUCAUUAUUUGGCUGUUACUACCUGAUAUAUACAGUUGUCUCUAUUCAACUUGAGGAACUAAGGCUGCAUCGAUUACACGAUCCUGGGAUUAGUACUUUAUUUGUACAAUUUUUAUCUCCUAUAACUAUCACAGGAUUGAACAUCUUUAUGCCAAUUAUUUUUUACAAUGUUGUCCGGUUUGAACGUUAUAACCCUCGUACAGAGAUAAAUAUGGCACUUGUUAGAAUUGUGUUUCUAAGAUUAUCUUCACUUUUUGUACUGGUUGGAUUGCUUCAUAAAGAAAUAACUUGUGAACCUAAAGAUAUGUGCAAGGCUGGUAUGAACAAUGAUUGCCGUUCUCCUUUGUGCUGGGAAACCUAUGUUGGCCAACAAAUGUACAAGCUCGUCAUUACUGACCUAUUUGUAUACAUUUGCAUUUAUUUUGCAGUUGAUUUAUUUAGAGACUGUAUAGUCCAAAAAUUUCGAAACAAAGUAACUGAAUUGGUUGGUAGACAAGUUUUUGAUAUCCCCAGUCAAGUGUUAUCUUUAGUUUAUUCUCAGACUUUAUGUUGGCUUGGAAUCAUAUAUUCACCACUCAUUGUUGUUUUCACUAUUAUAAAGUUCAUAAUAAUAUUUUAUUUAAAACGAAAUGCUGUUUUGAAUCAUACAGUUCCUGCACCUACAGCUUAUAAAGCAGCCCGCAUUAAUGCUAUCUUUAUGAUAAUUUUAAAAUUGUCAUUUUUUGUUGUUACUGUUGUCCAUGGAUAUGCUCUUACAAGCAUUGAAACAUCUCCUGGAUGCAGCCCUUUUCGGUAUUAUAAUGUCAUGAUGGAUGCAAUUACAAACCUAUUACAUCAGUGGUCACCAUCAUUUGCUGAUUUUACUUGUUUUUUGUUUAGUGCAUUCUUCUUCAUACCAGCCUUCAUCUUAUUGAGCUUAUCUAUUUAUUACUACUGGACUGUAGCUGUCACUCACCGAAAAAUGACCAAAAUAAUAAGAGCACAAAUUGCUCUUGAAGCUCGUGACAAAGACUUUUUAUUGAACAAAUUAGUUGAAUCUGCACAAAAGAAUAUAGAUUAAAAUCUCUCUCGAAUUGGAAAUCGUUACAUUUCAAUGGAGAAAUAUUCAUAUAUUUUUCAAUAAAGAUGAAAUCAUUCUUUGUA